AAUUUAAUUUAGUUUAAUUAAUAAAUAAAAAAUCUAAAAAGCCAUGUUUUUUUUUCUUUUUUCUUAUAAACUAAAUACGAAAAGAUAGCUGUAUGGCCAACCUUCAUCCACCUAAGAUUAUUAUCUGCUGAGUUUGACUUUUCUUGAGCUUUGACAAAAGGGAUAUUCUCAACCUCCCUGCUCUUUCAGCCAUCGUUCCACACGCGCCUCCUUAGACAUCUCACGCGCCGCGGUGCCAUUCGAAUCAUAUCUUUGGAGAAAGGUGAAAAUUUUAUAUGGGAGGGGUAACGUCAUCAAUCGCUGCUAAAUUCGCCUUCUUCCCACCAACACCACCGUCCUACGAGGUGGUAGCCGACGAAAGCUGCGGCGGACGUCUGUACAUACCGGAAAUCCCACGGCGCGACGACGUCGACAUCCUCAAGCUCCGAACUCGCUGCGGGAACGAGAUCGUGGCUGUUUAUGUCAAACACUCCAAAGCUAAUGCCACGAUUCUCUAUUCUCAUGGUAACGCCGCCGAUGUGGGACAAAUGUUUGAGCUUUUCGUCGAGCUUAGCAAUCGCCUUCGCGUCAAUCUCAUGGGGUAUGAUUAUUCUGGUUAUGGUCAGUCUACAGGACAGGCGAGCGAGUCUAACACAUAUGCUGAUAUAGAAGCAUCGUAUAAAUGCCUCAAGGAAAAGUACGGAGUGAAAGACGAUCAGCUUAUAUUAUAUGGUCAAUCUGUUGGUAGUGGACCUACGGUUGAUCUAGCCUCGCGCACACCUAACUUGAGAGGGGUGGUUUUACAGUGUCCUAUUCUGUCUGGGAUGAGGGUUUUGUAUCCUGUGAAAUGUACAUAUUGGUUUGACAUUUACAAGAAUAUUGACAAGAUCGGCUCAGUAGCAUGUCCUGUAUUAGUCAUCCAUGGAACUGCGGAUGAAAUAGUUGAUUAUUCUCAUGGUAGGCGGCUCUGGGAACUCAGCAAAGAGAAGUAUGAGCCUUUGUGGAUAAGUGGAGGUGGACACUGCGACCUUGAACUAUAUCCAGAUUUCAUUAAACAUCUAAAGAAAUUUGUUGCAUCACUUGCCAACAAACAAGCGGCGAAGGCUGCCAUAUAACGAGAUCACCGUUAUGUUUGAAAUGGGUUGCUUUCGAGGGGUUUAUAGACAAGUUGGCUGGCGAAGUCGGUAGAAAAGUGAUAAGCUUGAAAACUCCCAGAGGAGCGUUGAUAGAUCAUGUAGUAUUAUAAUGUGUCGAUGUGGAAUUUAGACUGGCAUACUGCAUUUCAUGAAUAAAUGUAUUUACUGCUCAUGUGAUUUAAUAGGUUUUAGGGAUAUUUCUUUCUUUAUACAAUUUUUUUUUUUGAAUU